AUUUAAUAGAGAUGUUAGCAAGGAUUAUUGGAUUUUUGAUCAACAUUUUGAGUUACCUGCCCAUCUACAUUUACAAUCUAUUGUACAGUAGAUUCUACACGAAGUAUAUUUACAAAUAAAUGUCUUAGAUGGACUUACGUAAUGAUGUGUGAUCGAUUGGAGAAAAAGAUGGCGAAUGUAAAGAGAAUUUUGGAUGUUGGAGUGGGCACAGGACAUCCUAUGAAACAGAUUAUAAAUAGGAUUCCCUCCAGAAUUCGAGUGGUUGGGAUAGACAUCGAUACUAAUUAUUUGAGGUAAAAUAAAUGAUCAAGAAUCCUAGAUAUGCAAGACAAACAUUCAAGCAGAAUGAGAAUGUAGAAAUUAGAGAAUAAAACUUUUACGAUUUGGAAAGCUCAAAGGAACAAUACGAGGCUGUGAUCUUCUCCUCAUCUUUCAUGAUAAUGCCAGACAGAAUAAGAGCAUUAAGAAUUGCUAAAUAAAGGUUGAGCAAGGGGGGUUCCAUCUUUUUCUUAUUGACUCUAGAGCCAUAUAAAAACUAUAAAACAGUCAUCAUUGAAAAAAUCAAGCCUUAUCUAAAAUACAUCACAACCAUUGAGUUCGGCAGCAUUACUUAUGAAAAGGAUUUCGAACUCAUGCUUAGAGAAGAAGGAUUGUAAAUUACAUCCAAAGAAAAAGUUGCUAAAUAUAGUGUCUUUUUGGCAAUAUUUAAUAUGUUUGUGGUAGAGGCAGAAGUAAUAUGAAUUAUGCAUAUAUUUUAUAAAUAUGAAUUUUUUGUUUAAAAA